AUGUCCGACCUGGAUCCACAAGCGCCCAUCACCUGUUAUCCCGAGCCUGUCAACUGCCACUGCCCCCACGGCAACUACAACGGCCCUGCCGGCUUAUUCAGGGUCUUGGAGGCACUCGCUCACUACUACGUCCCGCCGAGAUGGGUUAGACAAAUGAUGGGUUUUACGCUUCUUCUAUGGUUUAUCGUUGCAGCCACGAACCGAUGGCUGGAGUUCUUCGUGAGACUGGCCAGGUGCCGUAAAGUCAGAAGAUUGGGUGGCGACUGGCCAGCUGCCCUGUCCGUCUUUGGGGACGAGUCAUCCGAGACUGUGAAGCAGAGGGAGGCUUGGGAACAGGAGAGAAUUCGUGAGAUGGGUGAAAAGUAG